AUGGGAAUCCUUCGUCUUUAUUCGCUGGCUUAUUUUCUCCUUCCGAAGGGCAAUUGGGAGGCUAGUUGUCCUAAGAAGGAUCACCCGUCGAGAGGGCAGCGAAGAUUUACGUACGUUAUCAGUAGUUUCUUUCCUUUGCUUGACAAGAAGGUAGCAGAGGGAGUGAUGGUGAUUGAGAAAAGAUAUGGAAUUCCGAAGAUCAAAAGAAUGGAUAGAUGUGGGUACCUGCUGCGAGAUAAAGUAAGGAACCUUCUUCUUUCAGUAUGCAAGAGUCUCGGUAUUCGAAUAAGAUGGUCCAGGAUGGAGGGCAACAAGCUGGGGGAAGAAGGAACCGAGGAAUACCAGUCAGUCAGAGCUUACAUUCCCAUUACAAGGUGGAAAGAGAAACUCUCCUUUGACAACUUGAAAGAUAAAAAUGGGCGAAGAACAAAGAAAAGAUGGGUGAGCCCUUCUUCGGCAAGGGUAUCCGGUAAAAGGAGGACGGUUCCUAAUCUUUUGAUCGGCAAAGGGUUCGAUGCAUUGAUUUUCGCCUAUGAACGAGUCAAUCAGCUAGAUCUACUUGCGGCAAACGGCACCUUCCUUUCCCAGCCAAUGGUACGUAAGGCAAUGGUUGUUAUUGAAGUUCAGAUCAGGGAAUACCCUAGGUUUCGGCUUUUUCCACGGUUCCGUAACGCAUUAGCCAACCAGGGAAAGAAACUAAGCGACUACCUGCGCUGUCACACGGCUCCAUUUAUCGAAGAAAGGGAUCAGACUGCUGCCAAUAAGGCAAUGAAAUUGACGAGGAAGAGAUAUGUUGCAUGUUUGGUGUCCAAAGAAAUGAGGAUACUGGAACUAGCUUCUGGGGUCCAAGGAUACCUCCGCCUUUCACUUUCAUCUCUUGAUACCGAAAUUCGCCUAAGGUCUGGCCUUCUACUCUACUUUGAUUCAGAUUCAUUUGUCGAGAGAUAG